AUGGACGAGCGCGAAGCCGUUGCAGUUGCCACUCUUUUCGCGGACUACGACCUAAUAGCGUGUGUUGCCGAGGACGGGGCAUACACGUCCCAGAACCCCGACCCCGGGGACAAUAUCUUUCAGCCUAGCAAGCGUGCUAUCUACCAAUUAACGCAGCGAGGUAAGGACCUCAUUAAUGGCUCAAGAUCACGAAGACGGUCUUCGGAGAGGGAGGGCAGUGCUGGUUCCCAGCGGAACGGUAUCGCCAAGGAUUCCAACACGCAACGGCUCGACAAGAUCCUGAAAGAUCCUUCCGUGCGACUUCUCUUCCGCGAGCGAUCCUGA